UUUUCUCCCCUCGGUAUGACAUCACUGCUGGACAAAGCAGCAAGGAGGGGUUUCUGACUGAGAACCGUCCCAAAAUCAAUGCAACAUAUACCCACACACUCUGAAAAACAUACAUUCAAGAGCUUUAACCAGCGUCGAGACAAAGUACGAGCCCAUCGGCAGCAGUUCUACAGCGCUUUGUUGUGAGAGGAAUGAACUACUCUGGAAAAUAACAGAAGAAGAAAGAGUCACCGCCGCUGGAUGCUUGGUGGUUUCUAAGUUUCGCCCUCCUAAUAUGCGCUGUGUCUGAAGAAGUUGACCUGCGGUUCCAAUCCACCCUGGAAGAGCAUGCUGUCCCUCCUGCUUCCCGCAAUGCUGGCCAUCCAAGCUAUGGCUGUGAUGGAAGUGCUGGUCCCGGAGCAGCCAGUGGUGGCGCUGCACGGCAGGGAUGCCACACUCAACUGUUCCUUCAGCCACGCCAACUCCUUCAACUUGUCUGAUCUGAGCGUCUUCUGGCAGCUGACGGACACCAAACGCAGUGUGCACGGGUACUGGGGGGAACGCGACCAGCUGACGGACCAGGCUGAGAGAUUCGCCAACCGUACCGGCCUAUUCCCCGCUCAGCUGGGCCUCGGCAACGCUUCGCUCCUGCUCAGCAGGGUGGUGGUGGCUGAUGAAGGCAGCUAUACCUGCUUCGUCAGGGUGCAGGACUACGACAGCGCUGCUUUGCUGCUGCAGGUGGCCGCCCCAUACUCCAAGCCCGUGGUGACUUUGCAGACUGAAGCCAACCUGCGACCAGGUGAUGAGGUGGCCCUGACCUGUGUGGCCUACGGUGGUUAUCCUGAAGCUAGCGUGAUAUGGAAAGAUGGGGGCGGGCGCAACCUGACAGACAAUAUCACCACUUCAUUGGUGGCCAAUGAGGAAGGGCUGUUCACGAUGACCAGCGUGCUGACAGUGGUGCUCGAGCCCAAUAGCACCUACAGCUGCGGACUGAUCAAUCCACUGCUGGGCGACGAGGGCUACGCCUUUGUCACAAUCACAGGUCAGAACAUCGCGUUCCCCCCAGUGGCUCUGUGGGUAACUGUUGGCCUGGCCGUGUGUCUGCUGGUGCUGCUAGUUGCCCUGGCUGCUGUCUGCCGCAGGAAGAUCAAGGAGAGCUGCGAGGAGGCCAGGAGAGAAGCUGAAGAGGCCAAGGAACUGGAAGAAGAGGAGUCAAAGACAGCCAUGACACUACUGAACAGCUAAGGCAGAGAGAAUAGAGGAGUCGGGGCUAGACGGCGGGGAGGAGAUGAGACUGGCAGGUAAUCCCGCUCCAUCUAUCCAUCAACCUGGAGACUAUUUCCAGCGUCCCCUACAGAAUGUCAAAGCCUCGCUGAGCAGCAGAUGAGUCCAUCAUCCUCUUUCUCAGACUUUCCCUCAAGUUUCCAUCAAAACACAUAAACACAUCAUGUGCCAUUAUUUUCUAUUGCCAUCCCUCCCCCUUUUUCUGUCAAUGGAGGGUCACGGCAGUGAGUGAACACAGUUGAGUGGGGUGCCCAUAUGCAGCAUGCAGAAGAGAAGCUCUGUUUGAAACCCACAGGAUGUGACAGGAUCCUUCCUCUGUCGAUGACAUCACACUGUAUGGGCUGUGAUGGGGGUAUGUGUCAGAGAUCUCCUGCCUAAUAGGAAGUGAGACAAUUAAAGAGAUGACCCCGCCUCGGUUGCCAUCACUGUCUCUCUGCCAGAGAGGGAGCUUGGCUCUUCCAUUACUCCUGCACUUGCUAAUUAGCGUCUUUCGCUGGAGUAACUUGUGCCUGUCAGUGUGUGCCGUUCUCCUAUAUUCAGUAACUUGAGGGAAUUGAAAUUGAAUGCCAGCUAAGCUCCAACAAACUGCAAAUGGUGCAUGGGAUACACCCUGAUUCUCUCACUGACCCGACAGCCUUAUAUGUAAGAAAUUGUUUUUAAUGAACACAGAGUAUCUCCGCGGGUUUUUUACUGCUGGUGUGGAACGUUUCAUCUGUUCCAGACAAGCGGAUGUACUGGUUGUUUUAUUGCAUUUCUUUAGGUACUUAAACAAGUCCCUGUGCCAUAUGUCCAUGUAUGAAUGCCAAAGCCAUUUCUGUUCCAGAUAACCCAGUGCCUAUUUACAUUAAAGAGACAUGGUGAAA